GCCUAAAACAUACUUACAUAAGAAAAUUAUUAAAGCUUACCUGAACCAAAAUAACAUGAAGUAGAGAUCCAAUCUAAAAACAAAUCGAUGUCCAUAGAUACAAGCCAAAUUCAUCGUUUUAAGAAGGUACAAGAAAUCAGUCAAGAAGCCAGGGUGAGAUUAUUAUUUACCCAACACUGAAAUUUCACAAAUUAGAAGCGCACUACGAACCGAGGUAAGCGAGUGAGAUGCCUGAAACACAGCGUGCGCGCAUCGUUUUUUCUAACAAACACCCAAUGAGUCACACAGGUUGUCUAAGUUUUGUCUCAUACUAACAAGCGUCAUUUCUAAUUCAACAGAAAGGGACAAAAUACGGUGUAACUAUUCCAAGGUGCUUUUGUAUAAAAUAAAAUACUGAUAUUAUUAAUACGUUUUUCACCUUAAACACAGAUUCAUGCUUCAAAAUUCCGGAACAAAUAUCACAAAAAUAUGAAGUUCCGGUAUUUUGGAGGCCUAUCCAUAUUGUCCUCUACGUUUGACGUCAACAACCUUAAAUCAAUCUACCUACUCCGACCUCUGGUUAUUACAUAUUUAAACCUGAAGAAACACUAAAUAGACAAAAUAAAACUAAUCACGCAACUUCACUCCCCGCGUUUCCGCCUAAAAGUCCAAACAGUUUUCUAUGAGAAAUGGAGUUCAUUUUCCAUAGGUUAGGAAGAGGUAGUAUGUAACUACCUAUGCAUAAAAUCGGACAUAGUCUGUGUUUACGAAAAAAACUCACGCUACCUAUCUAAUAAAUCAUCGAUAGAAGAGAAAAUAAUUUGAUUUCAUUGUCCGUAAAGUUGCAUAAAUGUCUACAAUCUUCUAAAAAUGGAUAAAAUACCAAGAACUCAUGAAGCCAUUGAAGCACAAAUAAAAGAAAUACAAUCAAAAAAAACUGAAGCACCAGAAAAUGGUUCCAACAAAGGCGUGUCUCUCGGCGAGACUUACUAUGACAGCGAUAUAUAUGAUAGCACAGGCCAAGGAGGCAAGUCCAGAUAUGACGGAUAUGUGACAUCAAUUGCUGCUAAUGACGAAGUAGAAGAUGAUGACCUCGAAAAUGUUCCUAUAACUCAGAAAAGGCCAGGAUAUACAGCACCUGCUUCACUGUUGAAUGACAUUGCACAAAGUGAUAAAGAAUUCGAUCCUUUUGCUGACAAACGAAGACCAACUAUCGCUGAUAGAGAGGAUGAAUAUCGACAAAAGAGGCGCAGGAUGAUUAUAUCACCUGAAAGAAAUGAUCCUUUUGCAGAAGGUGGGAAAACUCCUGAUGUCGGAUCGAGGACAUACACUGAUAUAAUGAAAGAGCAGUAUCUUCUUGCUGAAGAAACAGAACUCAGAAAGAAACUGUUAGAGAAAGCUAGGGAAGGAACUCUCAAACCAGUACCACAAUCUAAUGGAGAAUCCAUAAAACCAGCAGCAAAACGCAAAGGUAGAUGGGAUCAAAGUUCUGAAGAAACACCAGUUGUUAAGAAAACAGUAUCAACUACACCAAGCUCACAGACAACUCCGUCUUGGGAUGCUGAGAGAGGCACAUGGGAAGAAACUCCGGGAGCAGGUCGGGGCGGCGAGACGCCCGGUGCCACGCCAUCGGCACGUGUUUGGGAUGCCACACCAGGACAUAUCACUCCUGGACACGCCACUCCGGGGCGCGAAACUCCGGCUCAUCACGCUUCUCGCAGAAAUCGCUGGGAUGAAACACCAAAAACAGAUAGAGAAACACCAGGACACAACAGCGGUUGGGCUGAGACACCACGAACAGAUCGCGGGUCAGGCGUGGAUACAAUACAGGAGACCCCCACCCCUGGCACAAAGCGGCGCUCGCGUUGGGACGAAACCCCCGGUGCCACGCCCGCACCCGCCACCCCCACGCCUUCUCACGCCACGCCUUCCCAUGCCACACCCUCGCACGCCACGCCAUCGCUCUCUACACCGACGCCGCACACGCCUGUCUUCACGCCAGGAGGGUCUACACCUGUGGGAGUGAAAGCCAUGGCACUGGCUACACCAACACCUGGUCAUGUUGCAGCCAUGACUCCAGAACAGUUACAAGCUUAUCGUUGGGAGAAAGAAAUAGACGAGCGUAAUAGACCUUACACUGAUGAAGAACUGGAUGCCAUGUUCCCUCCUGGGUACAAGGUUUUACCACCGCCUGCCGGGUACGUCCCGAUUCGGACGCCGGCCCGCAAGCUGACGGCGACGCCCACGCCGUUGGGUGGUACUCCAAUCGGGUUUUUCAUGCAGACGGAGGAGCCGGGCGGCUCGGCCGCGGCGGCCGCGCGUCUUCUCGACCCUCAGCCCAAGGGUAACCAGCAGCUGCCCUUUAUGAAGCCCGAGGACGCCCAGUACUUCGACAAACUUCUCAUCGACGUCGACGAGGAUACACUCUCUCCCGACGAACUUAAGGAACGGAAAAUAAUGAAGCUUCUUUUGAAAAUAAAGAACGGUACGCCACCCAUGUGCAAAGCUGCCUUACGACAAAUAACAGAUAAAGCUCGCGAAUUCGGUGCUGGACCACUUUUCAAUCAAAUUCUGCCAUUACUGAUGAGUCCUACGCUGGAAGAUCAAGAGAGACAUCUACUGGUCAAAGUCAUAGACAGGAUUUUGUAUAAAUUAGACGACUUGGUUCGACCCUACGUACAUAAGAUUCUUGUCGUCAUUGAACCUCUGCUUAUUGAUGAAGAUUAUUAUGCGCGUGUCGAAGGUCGCGAGAUCAUUUCAAAUUUAGCUAAAGCAGCCGGCUUGGCUACUAUGAUUUCUACAAUGAGGCCUGAUAUAGACAACAUAGAUGAGUAUGUACGAAACACAACCGCUCGAGCGUUUGCGGUAGUGGCAUCGGCCUUGGGUAUUCCAUCUUUAUUGCCAUUUUUAAAAGCUGUGUGCAGAUCUAAGAAAUCCUGGCAAGCACGUCACACAGGAAUAAAGAUUGUGCAACAAAUUGCUAUUCUGAUGGGCUGUGCUAUUCUGCCACAUUUGAAAUCUCUUGUUGAAAUUAUUGAACAUGGUCUGGUGGACGAACAACAGAAGGUCCGAACGAUCACGGCGCUGGCGAGCGCGGCUCUGGCCGAGGCCGCCACGCCCUACGGUAUCGAGUCCUUCGAUUCCGUGCUCAAACCUCUGUGGAAAGGUAUUCGUACGCAUCGUGGUAAAGGUCUGGCUGCAUUCCUGAAAGCCAUCGGAUACCUCAUCCCUCUCAUGGAUGCAGAAUACGCGAAUUACUACACACGAGAAGUGAUGCUAAUUCUUAUUCGUGAGUUCCAGUCGCCCGAUGAAGAAAUGAAAAAAAUCGUCUUAAAAGUAGUAAAACAAUGUUGCGGUACCGACGGUGUUGAGCCUCAAUACAUAAUGGAUGAAAUAUUGCCUCAUUUCUUUAAACACUUCUGGAACCAUCGUAUGGCCCUCGACAGACGAAACUAUCGCCAGCUUGUCGACACCACAGUGGAAAUUGCAAACAAGGUCGGUGCAUCAGAAAUUAUCAACAGAAUUGUUGAUGAUCUAAAAGACGACAAUGAGCAGUAUAGAAAAAUGGUGAUGGAGUCCAUUGAAAAGAUUCUCGCUAAUUUAGGAGCAGCAGACAUUGAUUCUAAGCUCGAAGAAGCUCUUAUCGAUGGAAUAUUGUAUGCAUUCCAAGAACAGACAACUGAGGAUGUUGUGAUGCUGAACGGUUUUGGAACAAUCGUGAAUCAAUUGGGAAAACGCGUAAAGCCCUAUUUACCACAGAUAUGUGGUAUUAUUCUUUGGCGUAUGAACAACAAGUCUGCUAAAGUUCGGCAACAAGCUGCCGAUCUCAUUUCUCGGAUCGCUGUCGUGAUGAAAACUUGUCAGGAGGAAAAGUUAAUGGGGCAUCUUGGUGUUGUACUGUAUGAGUACUUGGGAGAGGAAUAUCCUGAAGUGCUAGGCUCUAUACUUGGUGCAUUAAAAGCAAUUGUCAAUGUUAUUGGAAUGACAAAGAUGACCCCACCAAUAAAGGAUCUCCUGCCUAGGCUUACACCCAUUUUGAAAAACAGGCAUGAAAAAGUACAAGAGAAUUGUAUUGAUUUAGUGGGUCGUAUUGCAGACAGAGGACCGGAAUUUGUGUCGGCCAGAGAAUGGAUGAGAAUAUGUUUUGAAUUGCUUGAACUAUUAAAGGCUCAUAAGAAGGCAAUUAGACGAGCGACUGUAAAUACCUUUGGUUAUAUUGCUAAAGCCAUCGGUCCUCAUGACGUACUCGCAACCUUACUUAACAAUCUGAAAGUGCAAGAGAGACAGAACAGAGUGUGCACAACGGUCGCUAUUGCUAUAGUUGCAGAGACCUGUUCACCUUUCACAGUGCUACCUGCUUUAAUGAAUGAAUACAGAGUACCGGAAUUAAAUGUUCAAAACGGUGUGCUCAAAUCACUAUCUUUCCUUUUCGAGUACAUUGGAGAAAUGGGCAAGGAUUACAUUUAUGCAGUUUGCCCAUUAUUGGAAGACGCGCUUAUGGAUCGAGAUUUAGUACACAGACAAACGGCUUGCGCUGCCAUAAAACAUAUGUCGCUCGGCGUGUAUGGUUUCGGCUGUGAAGAUGCCUUAGUACAUCUAUUAAAUCAUGUUUGGCCAAAUAUUUUUGAGACAUCACCGCAUCUGGUGCAAGCCUUCAUGGACGCUGUUGAGGGCAUGCGAGUUGCCCUAGGUCCCAUUAAAAUACUUCAAUAUGCAUUACAGGGCCUGUUCCAUCCAGCGAGGAAAGUACGCGACGUUUAUUGGAAAAUUUACAAUACGCUUUACAUCGGAGGACAGGACGCACUUGUUGCAGGAUAUCCCAGAAUACAAAAUGACCCAAAUAAUCACUUCAUUAGAUACGAAUUAGAUUAUCUGCUUUAAAACAUUAUAUUAAGAUAGUUAUAAUUAAGAAACACUUCUGGGUUUACUGAAAAAUAAAUGAUAAUGCAAAGAUAUUGUUCUUAUUUAAUGUUUUUAUCGUAGGUUCAUGUGUAAUUGAACCAUCCUGCAUUUGAAACUGUAAAAACAAAGUUUAAGUGUUAAAAAUAAACAAUAAAACAUA